UGGUCAGAUCAGGAAUACUGUGGUCAUUCAUUUCUGUAACUCAGUUGCAAUAUCUAAAUAUGAAUAAUGUUACUGUUGGUAAUCUAUAAUUUGGAAACACCAGGGUUUCCAAAUUAGGACAUUCAGCGCCGCCUCUCUGUUGGCCAAUCAAAACAUUGUCUCCUCCUUAAGAGCAGAGGACAUGUAACGGGUCUCUACAUUCAUCAAGACGUUUUGGUCAGGAUGACAUCUCUGAAGUUUGCUUUGUGUCUGACUUGUCUGUUACUUUGGAUAACGGCUUCGGCAAAUAACAUUAAACUGUCUGUCCGUCAGGAAGGAGGUUUGAUAUCAGCUAAUGCUGGUGACACAGUGACUUUGCGGUGUUUUUAUGAGGGUGACGUUGUGAUGUUUUUUUGGUAUAAACAAACUCAAGGACAGAAACCAAAGCUCAUGUCUAUCUUGUAUAAAUAUGACCAAAAUAAGAUCACAUUUACAGAUGAAUUCAAAAACAGUUCACGAUUCUCACUGAAAACGAAAUCUGGUAAUUACCACUUAACUAUAUCAGACAUGCGCGUGUCAGACUCUGCUAUUUACUACUGUGCGAGCUGCAGUGCUUACAAUUUUGUGUUUGGAGACGGCGUCACAGUCAGUGUUAAGGGUUCAGGCUCCAACGUCCCGGCUCUGGUGCAUCAGUCGGUGUCUGGGAGCAUCCAGCCAGGAGACUCUGUGACUCUAAACUGUACAGUACAAACUGGGACCUAUGAUGAACAACACAGUGUUUACUGGUUCAAAGACUCUGAAGAAGCUCGUCCAGGACUCAUUUACACCCACGGAGACAGAAAAGAUCAGUGUGUCUACAACUUGCCUCUACAAAGCCUGAAUGCUUCUCAUGCUGAGACCUAUCACUGUGGUCUCGCCUCAUGUGGACACAUUCUGUUUGGAAAUGGAACCAAACUGGACUUCAGGUCAGAUGCAGACUCUCUUGUCCUGGUGUAUUUCUUGGGUGGGGCUUUGGUGUUGACCACCACCCUGACUGUGUUACUAACAUUGCUAGUGUACAGGCUUCAUAAAGCAAACAGCUGCAGAUAUACAGAUUCUCAAGCUUCUUCCACAGUAAAUGCAGAGGGUGAUGAAGAGGCAGACAACCUUCAUUAUGCUGCUUUAAGGAAACAAAGGUUCAGCAGCUCAGAAAAACAGAAAGAACAAAGUCACUGUGUUUACUCUACUGUAAGACAGUAAAACCUCAAAUAGUAUUGCUUGCAAUAAAGUAUCUAAA